GGUCCUACUAGCGAGGUUGGGCAGGGUGGUCCUGCAUGCUCCGGGGGUCCCCCGACUCUGCCAGAGGCUAGGAAUGGGUGACAGGAGGGACUGAUCGCUGGGUGAUUCCCCGUUCGGUGCUGGCUGCUGUCGGAAGACAGGACACUGCUGGACGGACCAUUGGUCUGAUCCAUUCUGUUCCUCAGGGCAGAAUGUGCCUUGGGUGUCUUGGAAGACGGGGUCUGGACGCUAAGCGUUGGGGCAGGGCCUGACUAUGGGGUUCAGGAGCUGCUGUGUCGGCCAGACCUGUGGCACUAACGUGCUUCCUCUUCCCACAGCUCCGUUGGCAGAGGGGGCGGAUGGCAAGGACCUGGAGGAAGGGAACAUCCGGAACUUGGUGCACCCCAGGGGGGCGCGGAGCGGAGCAGGGCACCGGCACACUGGCUGGGGGAAGACGCCGAGACCCCGUCUCUCCCACAAGGGCCCCAUGCCUUUCUGAUGCAGGGUCACUGCCUGCUGGCCUCUCGGCUCCAGGGCCUGGACUGCUUGUCGCAAAGCCCCGAGCGCGGGCUCCCCCGCCGAGGUGGGCUGGCCCCGCUGCGUCCGCCCGCCCGUCCUGCACCCGCCCGAUGGGGCUG